AUGACAAAGGCACAGACAGUAGUGUCUCCAUGUUCUCAUUACAUUGCCAAAAUAACAUCAGACAAUUCCCAAUUAGAAAUAUAUGAAACUAGAACGGGUCAUUUACAUCGCAGUUACAACAUCACGGACUUAAUUCGAGAUUUCAUCGGGGCGACAAGAAGGGCUAAUAUUGACGUUAUAAUAACAAGACCCGUCGAAUGGGAAGAUAAGAUUCAAUACGGUCCAAAUUGUUCCAAAUUGGCGGUUGUGGUUGAUAAUUAUUCAUUUGUGAUCAUAUUUGAUAUACGCCAGGACACAUCAUCAUCAUCAUCAUCACCGCCGAUAUUCAUAACUAUACCAAUAGCAGAUGGGAUUGAAAAAUGUCAGUGGAUACCUCCACCACUUACAACCGAGGAGGAGGAAGAAGAACAGGUAAACAAUCAAGAAUCAGAAGCAUAUAUCAAUUCCAGACAAAUUGCAAUAUUUUCCAAAGAUUAUCUAUAUGUUAAGAUUUAUUCAUUAGAUUGUACAAAUGUAUUAUUUACAAUUUUGUACCCUUUAUCCCAUGAUAUUAUAAUCAGACCAAAUAAAGAUAAUCGAUUCUGGUCAAUUAUUGGCAAUACUCUUGAACAUAAUGCCGCUCCAAUACUAUAUCAUUUUUAUAAUGAAGGUGCCAUAAGUGUUUUGAUUCAUACUUUUAGAUUACCGAAUAAAUUUAUCACAUUCCCACAAAUUUCUUGGUCCCCCUCUGGGAAUUGGUUACUGAUCUUUAACGAUACCGAAGUAUUAUUUGGAUAUCAUUUGAUGGUCUAUGAUUUUUUCGGGAAAGUGAUGGUGAAUGGCGAAGAGAGUUCUAAGGAUAGUAUUGUGCCUAUGAUUGAUAUGAAAUGUUUUGAGGAUGGGAUUGUUGAUUUUUCAAAAGAGAACAAUAUUCAAAUGAGUCCUUCUAGAUUUCAUUCAAAUUGGUUAGCUUCAGCUGAUGGAUCGGAGUAUUUGUUCAUAUGUGGAAUUGAACAAAAGCGAAUAUGUAUUCAAGUGAUUAGUUUUAAUUUAUUGAGAGUGAUUAAGCGGGAGAUAAUGGAAAUACCUGAGAAUGAAAGAGGAUGGGAACAAGAUAAGAAUGGAGGGAUAAUGAAUAAGAAUAUUUCAAUUCCUGGUAAUUUGAAACUUGAAAUCACAAAUGUAUUAGUUGAAGGUUCAAAUAUAUUCAUAACAUUGAAUGAUUCAUAUGUUCUUUAUUACAUCUUUGAUUAUCAAGCUGAACAUAAGAUCAAGUUUAAGACUAUCAUAAGUCUAUUUGAUUCCAUUAUUGAUAUCAUUCCUACAAAGAAUAACGAGGCUGUGUUUGUGACUCGUCUGCUGACUAUCUUAUACGAUAUGAAUAAACUCAUAGCCAAAGCGCUCUUUCAAUCAGAUAAUGGAAUACAGAGUAUCAGUUAUGGAAGUGAAGAAGCGAUAAUCUUAUACAAUAGCGCAAUCACUCGAAAUUGGGAAAUUAUAUCCACCCGUAUGACAAAACGACUGCCAUCUAAAAAGAGAACUCAUUUAAGUUUGAUAGCUGAUACUUCAAUGAAUGUGGAUGAAGUCACUGACACGUUCCAUGAAUUGAAACGAGCUAGAUCUCACCGCAUGCAUUGA